CAGAAGAUGUCUCAGCCGAACGUAGACAACUGCCACAGCAGCUUAGCAACUGAGAGAAGCGCAGAGAGCUUCAGGAAGGCAGAACCACGCUGCGCGGACGAACCUCCGUUCGGCGAUGGUCGCUUCCAGCUUGUGACCCUGCUCAACGUCGUGAUUGCGGGAGCGGCAUACGUACUACACUACGAGAGCUUCAGGAUGACUGCUGGCGUCAUGGACCACUGGUGCCGCCGCCCCGAGGCAUUUGCGAACCUCAGCGUGGAGCAGUGGAAAGAGCUGGCCAUUCCCGUCGACAAACAGGGCGCGUACAGUCGGUGCACCGUGCGCGAACCGCCUUACAGCAGCGCGAACAGCCGCGUCGUUCCCUGCACGUCGUGGGAGUUUGAUCUGAACGAGUACGGGAACAACGCGGUCAGCGAGUGGGUGCUAGUGUGCGACAGAGCGUGGCUCAUCUCGCUUGCCAGGCUCGUCUACGCCGCUGCUUGCAUCUUCCCCACGCCGCUGGUGUCCAGGCUGGCGGACCGCGUCGGUCGCAAGGUGGUCGUUUUCGUCACCAUUCCGGUGGUGCUCAUCGCGGGCGUGGCCAGCAGCCUCCCGAACGACUUCCACUUUUUCGUCGCCGUGCGCGCCGUCGUGUCGGCGGCGACGAGCUGCACGAUGGUGCCACUCUUUGCCAUCCUGUGGGAGGUGUGCCCGCCGCGCAAGACACCCAUCUACUGUAUCGUAUUUAUCGUGAUCACCAUGAUUGUCGGCGACAGCACAGUGUCGAUCGCGGAGCAGCUCAAGGCCGGCUGGGCCACGGUUCAGCUAGUCCUCAUGGUGCCGACGUUCCUGCUAGUCGGUUUGUACUUCACCGUGGAGGAGUCUCCGAGCUGGCUCGUGGCGACUGGCCGUGUAGGGGAGGCCGAACUGAUAUCGCAGCGCCUGGCGAAACUGAACGGUGUGCCCACAAGCCGCUGCCACGAACAGUUCGCCUUGCAGACACGGGCGCACAUGCGGGAUGCAGCCGAGACCCUCAAACAGAGUGACCCCUGCAACGCGCGUAUGAGAAGCCGUUCCAUUCUGGUUUUCUAUAUGUGGACGGCGCUGAGCUACGCCCAGGACAGCUAUGUCACCAACGACGGCAUUCCCGUGAGAGUCCUGGUGAAGGUUAUCGCCGCUGUCACAUCCCUCUCUGCGUGCGUCUUGUUUACACGCUGGGUUCACCAUUACGGCCCCAAACGUACCGUCGUCGUCAGCGGGCUCGGCUUCAGCGCCUCCUUGGCCGCCCUUACUGUCACGCCCUUAGAAGAAGACACGCUCCUCCUCGAUCUGCUGAUUGUCGUCAUGAAAACUACCGGUUACAUCAGCUUCUCGAACUUCGGCGUGUUGACCAUGCAGCUGUACCCCGUCACUGCCCAUUGCACUGCCACGGCCAUCGCUGUCAGCUCCAUCCGUGUGGGCGACACUUUAGCGCAGAUGAGCUCCGUUCUCACCGGGCCCAGGUGGCACUUGUGCAAUGGUCUCGCCUUUGCCGCUGUGACAUCUGCGCUGUUUGUGAUAGCGGGCGAGCACCUUCCCGACGAGCCCGUAACUGGGGCUUCCCGCUUGCGUGAUCACAAGCCCAGCUCACCUGUCGAAGAUUUAAUGCGGUUUUUUCGGGAAACUCUGAAGCCACUGCGCAAGAAGCGCGCGAAGCACGGUGAAAGGAAAGCACGCCGAAAGCAAUCAACGCACUUACUGCGAUACUGACGGCGAUAUACCGAGAUUCACUCGGCGACGAUAACUGACAUUCUGUCUGCCGCCGCAUUCACGCCUUUCUUUAUUUUUAACUUUCGUGAUUGCUAGGAAUGUCGUGAUCUUUCGCAAUGUGAUUUAUUUUCUUCUUCUAAAGUUUGCAAUUUUCCUCAUUUGCGCUGGUGUACGAGCAAUGGACAACAUUAUUUUGUAGCAUUGCCCGCGAUUGUAUCCCUCUCUCCACAGCUAACUUUUCAUUCGGAGAACUGCGUUCACUUCGAAAAGUGAUAGUCACGAAAGAAGUUUCAGGCUGGAGGGAAGGGUUAUGCGUAAGGACAGAGAUCGCGUGUGCGCUUACACACUCCUGUAUGUGAUUCGUGAAUUAUGGGAUUCCACUUCUAAUUUUGCUCCCGUUUACAUUCUAAUUUGUCAUGGUUUUAACGUUAAGCCUUUAUGAAGACAAUGUCGUCUUUGGGGAGACUUAUUUAUGGCUCGUGAGAUCAGGUUAGCAAAUCACUUUAAUUUUGUAAACUAUGCCAUUUGAGGCCUUCUACUGUAUACGUAGGACAACGAAAAGGGCGUCAUAAUAAAGACGCACAAUGUUAGCUUAAUGCUCCGCACGGCACUGGAAUAGAUGGGUAAUUGGCAGAAAAAGUAAGUACGACCUAGAUGAUCCCGUUCAAACUGCGUGCGCCUAAAACGAAAACCGUUAGUGUGGUUUUACUCAACGAAAAAUGUGGACCGAUUCAGAAGCUAGUAUUAUGAAUGAAUGUGGGCUGAUCCUGAAGGUAGCGCCACCAUGUAACAAGAGAGAAAAUAAAGGUCAGCUAAAGGGUUCAACGCAAGAUUAAAAUUGUACUAAAGCAGGGUAAAGUGGUGUAGGUUUAGGUGAGGCGACUCAACAGCGGUUGACCUCGAAUGAAGACAAGGUCUUGUCGGAGAGCCUGUCUUACCUCCCGAAUAAUGGACGUGGAAAUAAAAUGAAACACAAAUUACCUGGUACACUAACGCACCCCGGAAUACCUUGCCUUUAUUCGAUGUCAAACACUGUUUACUCGCCUUUUCUAGCUGCUUUUAACCGUCUUGCGCGCUAGUUCUUUCAACAACAACGGAAUUAUCAGUUAAUUGUCGUUUCUGCAUUCACAAGUAGGUCAACUUGCACGCAUAGGCCAUCUAAACAGUUCAUGCUGUUUUAUAUGGCCUACCUUCAAGGAAAUAGUGAUUUCCUGCCUGUUUAGCUUGUUACUAAGCAGUCGUACGUAAGUUUAAGCAGUUAUGACCGUUUUGCACAAUUCCACGAGCGCGUAGGAUUAUUCUGAAGUUAAUAACUAUUGCAUUUCUUUUCAUCGAACCCAGUCGCUUUCGUGGUUACAAUGAUGGACACCACGUUUGAAAUAUUCUGCGUGGAUUUCUUUUUUUUUUA